ACGCUGCUGAUGGCACACGCUCUGCGCCGGAUCCUCUACAGCACGUGGCAUCACGCCGACCGCCAGUUCGCCUUCGUGGCCCGCAACCCCCACAGCCCCGCCAGCCCCCUCUUCUGCCACCUCUUCGUGGGGCCCCCGGGUGAGGUCCAGACCCUGCACCUCCUGCUCUGCCGCUCCUUCCAGCUGGGCUACCUGUUGGCUCACCCCGAGGAGCAGGCGACCGAGGGGGAGCUGGUGGCAGCCACGGUGCUGCGGGAGCCGCUCAACCCCGAGGAGGUGUCACGAAACGUCAACGCUCUCGUGUCCUUCCGGCGCCUGCCCGCGGCCCCGGGCACCCUGGGCACAGGGCAGCUCUUUGCACAGCACUUCUUGCAGGAUCGAAGGCUGGAGGUAGAGGGCAGAGCUGGCUGCUGGCGCCCAGGGAAUCCCUACUGCUCCCCGGUUCUGGUGCGGAAGAAAGCCAUCCGCAGCAAAGUCCUGCGCUCGGGGGCUUACCGGGACUGCGGCGGCGAGAGCCAGCUGCACCAGCCGCCCCGGGACGCUGCAGUGGCAGGAUGGGAGAGCAAAGGGGCGAGGAACUUGGCUUUCCUCCCCGAAAACGCCGGCGUCCUGGCCGAGAGCGUGUGGGCCUUCGCCGGCAUCGCCAGGGAGGGUGGGAUCGCGCUGCUGCGGCAGGACGUGCCCGGCGCCUUCCUCCUGCGCCCCGAGCCCGGCCUGGCCAAGCGCUGGUGCCUGUGGGUGCGGGCGCCCUGCGGCGUCAUCCCCUAUUGCCUCUUCAGGACACACCAGGGCAGGUUCUGCUUGGAGCACUCCAACGCCGAGUUUGCCAGCGUGGCCGCUCUCCUGGCUCAUUACUCCGGGGUGCCGGGGGGCUGCUUCUGCCGCCUCACCCCCGGCCGCCGCAACCCCGGCUACGAGGAGCGGGACCCCGGCGGCGGGGCCAGCGCUCGCGGGGAGGCCGCCUGGGCCCCCGCCGGCCCCGUCGGGGAGCAGCACGAGCGGGGUUAGGCCCGGCUGCCACCCCCCUGCUCAGGCACGGCCACCCCUC